AUGAUUUCGGUCGACAGGUUGCAGGCUGGGGCUCGAAGCUUGGUGCUCUUGCGUCUGAUGGCCGUUUGGACCAAGAGGGCCAGCAGCUCUGGUCGGCCUUGCAGGCACAACUCGCCGCGAUUUCACCUCAGGCCACCAACGCCAGAGCCUUCAUCCGAGGCUCAGGCGCCAGCGGGGCCCAAGGACGACGCAGCCAUGGAGGUGGACACUAGGACUUUCGAUGACAUUCUCGACGGCGACGAGGGGACCAAGGCUCUGGACCAGGGCCAGCAGCGGGCGCUGGCGGCGAAGCUCGCGGCAGCCGUCGAGCGGGCCCGACAGGGCGCCUCUCCCACCCGCGGUGGUCGAGCGGGCGGCCCACGCGGGCCCGCAGGGUCGGCAGCCGCGGGCACUCUCAAGGGUUAG